AUGGAGACUGUCAUUGAAAGAGAAUGCAGUGCACUCGGAGGACUUUUUCAAACAGUGAUAGGCGACAUGAAGAGCAGUUACCCGGUGUGGGAUGACUUCAUCAGCAAGGCCGGGAAGCUACAAUCACAGCUCAGGACGACAGUUGUCGCGGUAGCCGCCUUCCUGGAUGCCUUUCAGAAAGUGGCUGAUCUGGCAACCGGCAGCAGAGGCGGCACCAGAGACAUCGGUUCAGCCCUCACCAGGAUGUGUAUGAGACACCGGAGCAUCGAGGCCAAGCUCAGGCAGUUCUCCAUGGUUUUCAUCGACUGCUUGAUUAACCCUCUGCAAGACCAGAUGGAGGAGUGGAAGAGAGUGGCCAACACGCUGGACAAGGACCACGCCAAAGAGUACAAGAAAGCCCGUCAGGAGAUCAAAAAGAAAUCCUCCGACACUCUCAAGCUGCAGAAGAAGGCAAAGAAAGGCCGGGGGGACAUCCAGCCACAGCUGGACAAUGCCAUGCAGGACAUCAGUGAUAAGUACCUGUUUCUGGAGGAGACGGAGAAGCAGGCGGUCAGGAAGGCCCUGGUGGAGGAGAGGAGCCGCUUCUGCACCUUCGUCUCCAUGCUGAGGCCCGUUGUGGAAGAGGAGAUGUCCAUGUUGGGGGAGAUCACUCACCUGCAGACCCUCACUGAUGACCUGAAGGCUCUGACCAUGGACCCGCACAAGCUGCCCCCCGCCAGCGAGCAGGUCAUUCUGGACCUGAAGGGAUCUGAGAGCAGCUGGUCCUACCAUACCCCUCCUUCCUCCCCCAGCACCAUAGCAUCCAGGAAGUCCAGCAUGUGCAGUAGUCUGAACAGCGUCAACAGCAGCGACUCUCGCUCCAGCGGCUCUCACUGCCACUCCCCCACCUCCCACUACCGCUACCGGAGCUCCGCCCUCCCUCAGCAAGGGCCCGCCCGCCUCUCCAGUGUCUCCUCCCAUGACUCUGGCUUCAUCUCCCAGGAUGCCUACCAGUCCAAGUCUCCCUCGCCCAUGCCCUCUGACACCAACCCACAGACCUCUGGCUCUUCAUCCUCGGCCGUCUCCGAGACUUGCCAGCCUGUCAGUGAGGGCAGCUGCUCCUCCUCCUCCUCCUCCUCACCUGCCUCCUCUAAGGAGACCUGCUCCAGCACUAGGGUGGAACAGGACUGGGCCAAGCCAGGGCCCUACGACCAGCCCAUGGUGAACACCCUGAGGAGGACCAAGGAGAAGAGGGAGACUCCAAAUCCCAGCAGCCCCCAGGCCACCACACCAGGGGACGAGCCCCAGAGAGCCAAGGGAACCAAUGCAGUCAUAACAGCCAAGCAGGAGGAGGCGGAGGCCCAUGAGGAGCUGGCCCUGGCUCUGGCCCGCGGGUUGCAGCUGGAUAUCCAGCACUCCAGCAGGGACUCCCUGCAGUGCUCCAGUGGCUACAGCACCCAGAACACCACACCCUGCUGCUCUGAGGACACCAUACCCUCACAAGUGUCCGACUACGACUACUUCUCCGUGGGUGGCGACCAAGAGACGGACCAGCCCGACUUCAACAAGUCCUCCACCAUCCCCCGCAACAGUGACAUCAGCCAGUCCUACCGCCGCAUGUUCCAGGCCAAGCGGCCGGCCUCCACAGCGGGCAUCCCCCCCACAGCCCCCUCCCCCGGCAGUAUUGUCACCCCCGGGGUGGCCACCAUCCGCCGCACGCCCUCCUCCAAGCCCAACCUGCGGCGGUCCUCCGGAGGCCUGGGUCUGGGCCCCAUCCCCAUCAAGACCCCCAUGAUCCCUGUCAAGACGCCCACUGUUCCCGAGCACCCCAGGUUGUUCUUCAGAGGAGAGAGCGAGGGAGCGGGACCGCUGAGCCCACUCUCUUCAGCGGGGGACAACGGCUUGGUGUCUCCCAAGGCACCCUGGAAUGCUCAGGCCUCCUCCGAUCCACCCACUCCCCCACCUCAGCCUGGUAGUAGGCUGUCAGAGUGGGACCGUGAGGCCUUGCCAGAGGUUCAAGAGGAGGAGCCUGGCUGCGGCGAGGGGGAAGAUGUGCUCUUGGCCAUACGGCGAGGGGUCAAACUGAAGAAGACGAUGUCCAACGACCGGUCGGCGCCGCGAAUAGUGUGA